AUGGCCGACGCACCCCGGACUGUACUGAUCUCAGGCUGCUCGUCGGGAAUUGGCCUGGAGCUCGCAGUGCAGCUGGCUCAUGACCACAGGCAGCGCUACCAAGUGGUGGCCACCAUGAGGGACCUGGGAAAGAAGGGGGCACUGGAAGCAGCUGCUGGAGAGGCUCUGGGGCAGACCCUCACCGUGGCCCAGCUGGACGUGUGCAGUGACGAGUCAGUGGCCCAGUGUCUCAGCUGCAUCCAGGGAGGGGAAGUGGACGUGCUGGUGAAUAAUGCUGGAGUGGGCCUGGUGGGGCCCUUGGAGGGGCUCAGCCUAGCUGCCAUGCAGAACGUCUUCGAUACCAACUUUUUCGGGGCUGUGCGUCUCGUCAGAGCUGUGCUUCCUGGCAUGAAGAAAAGGAGAAAGGGCCACAUUGUGGUGGUCAGCAGUGUGAUGGGGCUGCAGGGUGUCGUGUUCAAUGAAGUCUAUGCAGCCUCCAAGUUCGCCCUGGAGGGAUUCUUUGAGAGCCUGGCUGUCCAGCUGCUGCAGUUCAACAUCUUCAUCACCCUGGUGGAACCUGGUCCAGUGGUCACUGACUUUGAGGGGAAGCUCCUGGAGCAGGUUUCCGAGGCCGAGUUCCCAGACACCGACCCUGACACCUUGCACUACUUCCGAGAUUUCUACCUCCCAGCCUCCAGGGAGCUCUUUCGCUCCGUAGGGCAGAGCCCACAGGAUGUGGCCCAGGUCGUCGUCAAGGUCAUCAGUUCACCCAGACCCCCCCUGCGCCGACAGACCAACGCCCGCUACACCCCGCUGGCUGCACUCAAGGCUGUGGACCCCUCCGGCAGCCUUUACGUGCGCGCCUCCCACCACCUGCUCUUCCGCUGGACGCGCUUCCUCAACCUCGGCCUCCGAUGUCUGGCCUGCGGCUGCCUCCGCAUCCGAAUAUGGCCCCGGUGAGCAGAGCUUCACCCGACCCUCCCCACCUCCGCACAGCCAGGCGUCUUCAGUUCAUACCAAUCUCAGAGGCCUCUACGGACUCUUCAUUCAUUCAUGCACUCAGCAGCCUGCCUGACCCACUCUGUGCCUGGGCCUUGGUGGGGCCCCAGAAAUCCCUCGGCCUCCAGGCACACACACCCCGCCCCCCCCCACCGUGGUCAGGGCUGGGGCAGAAAGAGGGAGCCUUAGACCCUGGGCUGAGGACCCCAGAGUAGGGAGGCUGGAGCUGUGUCUGGGAAGGCAAGGUAGGCUUCCUGGAGGAGGGGACAUUGUUGCUGGACCUUGAAAGAUGAAAUAGACUGCCUCAUUCAACCUCUGGACUCUAUUAUCUUGGGCCUGGAAAUACAAGGAUGAUCUAAAACGCCCUCUACAUAGAACCGAGUUGACUAAGGGGUCUUCAAGACUUUUCCGGUCACACAGCCCAUCAGCAAAAUGUUUCAUGCACUCACCAGCGGCACAUGUAUAUUUUUUUUAUCAAAUAUAUAUUUGUUACCA